AUGCAGCCAUUGAAGAAACGCAGUGUAGUAUCAUCGCUUUCGAAUAACAGUCCUGUCACAAAGACGAUUCUGGCUUCCAAGAAGGCAUCAAAUUCUACAAUUGCCACCAGGACCCCGGAUAGGACGUCUCCAACCGUAACUGCCCCUGCCGCAAAGCAAGCGUCAUCCAGUAGUACAAGGGAUAGUUUGAGUGAGAGGCGAGGUGUGCCACUCACGAUACUGCGAGCCGCUCAAGAAACCUCGAACAACAGAGUAUCUAAAGUUCAACGAACAACGCCUACGCCCCCAAGGAAAGAUAACGACGGCAAGGACAAGUGCCCUUCCCCAGCUAAGUCAUCGGAGAGCUCCGGAUUUAGUAUGAGCGAAGCAUCCAAAUGUGCUGUAUUUAUGCCAAAGGUGCAACAAGCGGUAUCGCGCAUGAGCAUCAAAUCCAGCGGAAAACAGACCCGCCAGAAUGACAUGGUUUUGAGUCCGACAAAGUAUGCCAGUCCCACUUUUCAUCCUACUGCCAUACUUGCAAAACCCAAACAACGAAACGCCAUCAUGGGAAAGCGACAAGACCAGGAACCCAAAGAUACUGCCCCAAGCGCGGACGACAAAAUGCAGACUCCUCCGAUUCCAAACAUGAGAGCUUUCGUAUCCUGUGUACUCUGUGACGAAUAUUUUGAUUCUAUAGACGCUCUCAGUACACAUCUGACCAGCCCCGAACACAUUCAGAAACAAACGGUGCAAGGGAGGGAACGGGCGGAGAAGCAGAAAGAAUUCUUCGGCAAGGUGCUUGGAACGGGGUCUGCAAAACAGCGACCGUCCACGUUGAACGAGGCGGCAGGCGAGAAAACAGGACCUAGUGCUACGAGGAGCCUACAUUGCCCCAUAUGCAAUGUAAGUUGUACUAGCGUGGACAAUCUUGAAUCGCAUCUGCGAGGAAAACUACACGCUAAACGUGUACGGCAUGCAGAGGCAAGGAAAACGAUGCAACAAUGGCAGUUCAUCUGAUCAGCCCCCGGCACAAUCAGAAAGAGACGAUGCAAGGGAUGGAACAAGCGACGACAGGGGAAGAGUCGUGCGCGCCGGAGCUCAAGACAGAAAGCGCCAUCCAUGAUGAAAAGAACAGUGCUUGUACUAGCGCAGAUACUUUUUCAAUUAUCCGCGCUAGUAGAGCUCAAGGAACCGUAGAAAUCGUGUGCAGUCGGCAGUCGACAGCAGUAUCUGUUGUAUCGUGUAGGCGGCCUCAUGCACGAUGAGGCGAUAUCUUGUCGGUCUCUGCACGUGGGCUUUUGCGUCUUCAUCAGCUUGUUUUUGCGAUGAAAGGCACACAGGUGAAGGAAGCUCUAUGGAAAACUUUUUUCACCCUUCUUUCCCAAAUGGGCCAUGUUUCCUCCCCAGCUGAUGCCGGUGCCGCCACCGCCGCCGCCCUAACAGCGUAGGGCGACAUCUGGCACACAGCACGGAGGAUUUCUAGUUUUAUAGACAAAAAUGCGGCACACCUGCGACUCGAUCUAAUUGUAGUGAGAAAGGGUCGUUGGUUUUGACAAGGUCUCCCACACUGCGCGAAUGUAAGUGCUGCUAGUCUAGACGCGUGUAAAUAUAUAGCUUGCCUUGCUUGGA